UGUAGUCAAGUAAGAUCGAUGGUCUAAUGAUUGUUCAAAUAUAACAUGGAUCUAGCGAUACAUUUAAUCUUCCUUUGUUUGUGUAAAGAAGCAGCUUCUGGAGAUGUUUCUAUAAAAGAUACAAGAUAUAAUGAAAAUUCUGCCACACUGGUAACAGCUAUUUAUGACAUUGGCAGAGGCAACUGGAAUAAUUGGAAAAGAUCGUUCAUGACAUAUAUCCAGUACUUUUUGCAUAUCUUAAAAUUGAAUGCAAAACUUGUUGUUUUUUGUGAAAAGUCAACAGAAAAGUUAAUAAGAAAACAAUAUAGUGAACUGAUACAUUCAAAUAUUGUUUUUAUGGUGAAACGAUUUUCAAAAAUUGAGUUCAAUAGAUACAGACAAAUUAUAUACAAUGUUAUAGAAACAGAUGAGUUUAAAGAAAAUAACACCAUGCUACAAAACCCAGAAGGGUUUUCGGUAGACUAUAUCAUUCUAACGAAUAAUAAGCUGUCUUUCUUAAAGGAUGCCAUUGAAGUUAACAUAUUCAAUACCUCUCAUUUUUUUUGGAUAGAUGGCGGUUAUGGUCAUGGCGAUGAACACAUAUUUCAUAAUGUUCAAGGGUGGACACCAUCAAAACUUCUUGCCUUAAACAAAACAGUAACGUUCAUACAACUACACGGCACAGAAAUGUAUAAAAAGUAUGGGAUUAGAUUACACAAGGAAAGUAUUGACCCUGCAUUACCUGGAGGCUUUUGUGGCGGACAUCAAUCGGCUGUAUUAGAAUUGUACCACCUUUAUAACAAAAAGUUCCGGUCAUUGUUAAUUGAAAAUGUUUUAGAUGAUGAUCAAAACGUAUUUUUAUUUUGUUAUUUUGAAACACCACGUCUAUUCAAUUUGGUAAAAGGUAGUUGGUUUGACGCAUUCAAACUGUUUGGAUAAAUGGAAAUAACAUUUAAUAAAUGUGUGUGCUGUAAAAGCGAUUUAUUGAAUUAACAUUCACCUGUUCAGCUUAAACUCAAACACUUGAUCAGCAAAGGCUAUAUGAAUACAUGCCAUGCAACUUAUUUCGGAAUCUAUAUGAGCAGAUAGCAGCUACAAAUAUAAAGCGAAAUUGACAAUAUCUAUCCUAAAUGUGGUGUACAUAAUUAUAACUAAAACUACAAGUCAUGAGUUCUAGAUAUCUGACACCAUGCAUUAUCUGUUUUACUUUUUUUCCUAUAACCUGUUUGUCAAGGGGUUUUGUGGGAUGCUGUUUCAUGUCGGUUUUAUCCUCUUCAAUAGUUUGGUAUUUUAAAUAGUUUAGUUUCUUUUUCACAACGGCUAUUAUCGUGGUCAU